CGCUAUUACCACAAGUCGAUUUUCGUGGCCCUCAUCCUGGUGAUCGUGAUUCUUCUGAUAGCCAUUAUCGUAAUUGCCUGUCUUUUGCACUUCCCGUCGGAAGUUUGUCGUAGCCCGGAAUGCCUGCGAUCGGCGGCGGACCUGCAGCAGAGCAUGGACCUCACCGUGGAUCCGUGCGAAGAUUUCUACCAGUACACUUGCGGCAAAUGGGACUCGGAACAUCCUCGCCCGGAUAGCUACACCAGCUACGAUUGGUUCACGGAGCGACAGGCUCGGGUACUGCGGAACAUCCGAACCCAUCUGCAACGGAACAGUUCCAGCAGCGAUCCGAAACCGGUGGUUCAGUCCCGGAUCCUGUAUCAAGCCUGCAUGAAUCUCAGUGCAAUGGACAAAGCGGGCUACAAGCCUGUGUUCGAUAUGUUAAAGCAGCUGGAUCUUCCGAGCUAUCCAACCAUAUUGAACGUCACAAAAGUCGAUUACGAGGGAUACAGCUUCGAUUGGGUUCAAUCGCUGGCCCGGGUAGAACAACUGCUUGGGUUGGACAUCAUGUUUGGUUUUGAAAUUACUCCGGAUCCUAGGGAUCGAGACUUCAACCGGUUGGUCUUGGGUAGCCCCGAGACGAAUUCGGAUCUACCGUUCAACUCCAUACUCCUGAAAAACAUCACCCGGAUAAAGCAUAGGUUAACCGUAAGUGAGGAUGGGGAUCCAGAAGACGAUGAUCCGGAUGAAGAGGAUAGUCAACUGACGAAAGCCUACAAAAAGUUCAUGGUCGAAGUGAUGAAAAUUUUAGUCAACAGUACCAACUCCAAGCUGGAUGUGGAAUCCAUUUCCGAAAACUUUGACAAAGCAGCCUCUGUUUACAUCAAAAUGUCCGAAUCACUUAUGAAGAUCUACAACCUAGCGGACAAUGCCUCAAGGACAAACAAUACGGAAGAUCGUCUCAACCUGGACGACAUAGUCUACCUCAACGUGAACGACCUGCAGAACAUCACCGAUAGCCACCUGGCACCCAGGGAACCUCUCCCUAUCUGGGAACAUUACCUCAACAAAGUGUUCGACGGACUACCUGAAGCGGGACCAAACUUUCACGAUGAUCAAAUCAUGACCAGCAGCUCCGACAUCUACUACCUCAAACUGCUGGUGGAUUAUCUGUCAAAGACCCCACUGGUGCACAUCGAAUUAUUCAUCUGGUGGACCGUAGUGGAGGAGCUGAUUCUUCACACGACCAGUGAGAUCAGGCGAUUACACAGCGACUACUAUCGGGCUACCGUAUCGGUCGAAGGCUUCACGACUCGAACGCUGUACUGCACCGGUGCCGUCAACAAGCUGAUGGGGAUGGCCGUUAGCUAUGCAAUCAGCGACCAACAUUUCCUGCAGAACACGAAACCGAAGGUCGAAGCGAUGCUCCGCUACAUCCAGGAAGCUUUCGAACGACUGGUACGAGACACCACCUGGAUGGAUUGGAAGACCAAACGAUCGACCCUGGAGAAAUCGAGGGCCAUGCGAAGUUUGAUUGGCUUUCCGGAGUGGAUUCUGGAACCGAAGAAGUUGGAAGAAUUCUACGACAAGGUCGAAGUCCGUACAGAUCAGCACCUGGCUAACAUGGUUCAAAUCGUUCAACUGCGCAACAUCAACAAACUCCGAAAGUGGAGGUUGAAGAACACGCUCAGUUGGGAGACUGUUCCUACAAAUGUUAAUGCGUUCCACACCUUUCAAGAUAAUGCUAUCACAAUUCCGAUCGCUAUUCUACAGUAUCCCUUCUACCAUCGAGGCCUCGAGUAAGAAGAAUGAAUGCUGAGCGCUUAAUUACGGAUCGAUUGGUACCAUUUUGGGACAUGAACUGACCCAUGGAUUUGAU